AUGCUGCCCUUCUUAAAUCCAUUCUCAGGCCCGGACGCCUAUCGCUGUCCACCAACAGAGAUUCGAGAGGCUCAGACUGUCACACCCAUCAGAGUGAUCAUCGGCGAGCUGCGAUCAGACACCUCUGCCAAAUACCUCCAUCGACUCCUGAUCUACCACCUUACCUACUUGCACCAACCACUAUCACCUCCGGUAUUGAUGUGUUGCAUUCCUGCCGUACGACCCUUCCCGCUGUCUCUUAGUCUCCUUAUCGACCACUCAGAACUCGUCCCCGUCCCACGAUGCCUGACAUUCCGCAUGCCGUCCCCUUUCCCAAUUCCCGAAUCCGGCAAAGCCUGGUCGACAUUUGAUUACGUCCUCACAAUCGCAACGCAGGAGCGUAUUCAGCAUAUUCGUCUCUGCUUCAACUGCUUCAGAAACACCCAGCAAAUCAACCCUGAGCUGAACUCACGAGGCACACGUUUUCAUCAGGCACCACACCCCUCAUUGGCGGCAUCCCCGGGAUUCCGUCAUACUACGCGGGGUCCCUCCGAAACAGACGGCGUGCACGUCCCCAGGGCACCGCCGAUCGGUGCCCGGUAUAUCGGCGCCAAGUGGCUCCGGCUGAUGCGGGUGAUGGAUGGGGGGUCCCGGGAGCUGCCGUUUUGGGGAAGCCAAAUACCGAGUUUCGAAAGUUUCGUGUGCUGGUUCGGGAGAAGAGCUCAUUGGCUUCCCAAGAUCUCUGAUAACAUUGAACCAAGCACGGACAGUGGCGAUCUCCUGCCACCGAUCGUGGGGGGAAACCAGGAUAUUGACACAUCAAUGGAUUGCUUCUCGAACGAUUGA